UUCAACAAAUUCCUCCUUUCCUUUGACGUUGACGUUUUUGUGUAAUUUGAUAAGUCGUGGUGGUAGAGAACUAAGAUUUUUUUAUUAAUUAAGUUAUUUCUAUGAAAUAAUUAAUGAAACGCAAUAAAUAUUAAAUAAGAUUAUUUAAGCAUCAAGAUGCGAUUCCAGUUAUUUACAUUAGUGCUGCUAUUGUGCAGUGCACUAGUCACGCAAGCAUACGAGGACAGCACGCUCGAAGACGAUGACUUUGCGGAGUUUGAACAGUUUGAUGAUGAGGUCACUGUUAAUGACUUCAGUGAUGAUGUCAAAGAAGUGCCAGCUCAGAAGCCUAAAGAACAAUUCGAGAUGGCUGACGAUGCUGCAGACGACAUUCUAGUUGAGGAGGAAGACAAUGAGUUUGAACACUUUCAAGAUCCAGAGGAGUUUGAAGGAUUCCCGGACAGCACUCCUCCACGAAGCUCGGAGCAACCAAAGAUUACUAUUUCUAAGGUUCCUAUAAUAGUGCGCCCGCGCUGGGACGCCUACUGGCUGGAAGGUAUACUGUGCUGCCUUCUGGCUGCGUACGCGCUGGCCUACGUGGUGGGUCGCGCCAAGAACACAUCGAUCGCCACCAACUUCCUGAAGCUACAUAAACCAUUGUUAGAUGAAAAUUUCACGUUAGUUGGUGAAACUGGUUUAGACGUGGUGGGCGGCGCGGACGAGCGCGGCUGGCGGCGGGAGGCGGAGCAUUGCUUCACGAUGUGGUGCAGCGGCCGGCUGUGCUGCGAGGGCAUGCUGCUCACGCUCAAGCUCAUCAAGCGUCAAGAUCUAGUCCACGUAUUACUAGGAGUCGUCAGACCUACUCCGGACACCCUCCUCAUCCGAGUGGAACUUAGCAGAGAUGACUCCGACCCGUUCGUGCUGUGUGUCGGGCAGAAGAAGAUCGUCACCAAGCUGGCUAAGGAGAUGCAGGAUUUGAGCGUUUUCUGCCCCGAGCGUCGUCCUGGCGAGAAACACGGCCUGCCGCCCUCCCUGUGCGUGGUGUCGGAGUGCGCCGAGGCGACCGGCGCCGUCCUCGACGCGAGAGUCACCGCCGCGCUGUCGCAGUACCACUCACACGUGCAGUACAUACACGUGUCCGAUCGCUACUGCGGCCCGCGACAGGUUGAAGAGCAAGCAGCAACGAAGCCGCCUGAAACGGAACGCGUCAUGUUGAUCAGCCUCGCCUUGGGACCCGACGGUGGUGGGGAUGAGGUCCGGCCGUUACUGUUACUGGUGUUCCACCUCCUGGAGAAGAUCAAGAGACUGCGGCUUAGCAAGGAGGCAUUAGCAAAAUGCGAGAAGCGUCGUUGGAAAGUGGCGGAGGCGUGGCUGCGCGGCGCACACGCAGCCAGACAGGAACAGGCCGCGGCGCGACGGGAGGAGAAGAGAAAGCAGGAGAAAGAGAAGAUUUUGGCGGAGGACGACCCUGAGAAGCAGCGUCGUUGGGAGUUGAAGGAACAAAAACGGGAGAAGAAACGCAAGACUCCCAAAAUGAAGCAGCUCAAGGUGAAAGCGAUGUGAAGCAAUCAGUCAAUGCAAUAUUUACAGUGUUUUUUUUAUUAUUUAAACUUAAGUGUUACCUACUCAUGAUUGCAAAUAAAUGGUUUUAAGUUCA